CUGGGGGAGACCGGAUAUACUGAAUGCAGGGUCUGGGGAGACCGGAUAUAGUGAAUGCAGGGUCCGGGGAGAGCAGAUAUAGUGAAUGCGGGGUCCGGGGAGACCGGAUAUACUGAAUGCAGGGGUCCGGGGAGAGCGGAUAUAGUGAAUGCAGGGUCCGGGGAGAGCGGAUAUAGUGAAUGCAGGGUCCGGGGAGAGCGGAUAUAGUGAAUGCAGGGUCCGGGGAGAGCGGAUAUAGUGAAUGCAGGGUCCGGGGAGAGCGGAUAUAGUGAAUGCAGGGUCCGGGGAGAGCGGAUAUAGUGAAUGCAGGGUCCGGGGAGAGCGGAUAUAGUGAAUGCAGGGUCCGGGGAGA